UCUAACCGUACAUAUACACCCAUGUUCUCCUCUGUCUCCCUGUCAACCAUCUCUGCCUCAAGAGAUCCCGUCACCGCCCUCCCGCCUUCUCACCUUACUCAUUCCCCGCGUUCUCAUCACCGCUUGCCACCCUUCUUUUAAAUACCGCCCAUUCAUCUCUUCGCCGGAAGGGAAGGGAUCGAGAGAUAUGAGAGCAGAGCCCUGCGGCUCGUCGGGAUCGAUGUCGUCUGUCUCGAAGGGCGCCGGCGAGGCGGAGGACUUCGUCGGGUUCUUGGAGGCCACCUCCGUCGCAGUGGCGGUGGAGGACGAGGAGCUGGAGCUAGGGUUGAGUCUUGGAGCUAAGAACGUCAAUGGCGGUGGUGGUGGUGGGAAGUGUUGCCGGAUUCUCACGGCUCAGGAGUUUACUGCGCUGGGAUCGCGUGCGUCGCCGCGAUCAUCGUCGUCCUCUGUUUCUUCGUCUUCGGGUACCGCUAAUGGCAUUGUUGGGACUAAGAAGGAUUCUGAUGCUGUGGGUUCGGCUAGCAACCCCCCAAGUCAAAUGGUGGUGGGAUGGCCACCCAUAAGAGCUUUUAGGAUGAACAAUUUGGGAAACCAGUCCAAGUAUAACAAUGAUGCUCAUAAGCAAAGCAUUAAUGAGGAAAACACUGUGUGCAAGGAUCUUGAGCAGAAGGCACCUUCAUCUGGGAGCUCAUCAUUCUUUGUGAAAGUGAAUAUGGAUGGAGACCCAAUUGGUAGGAAAGUGGAUCUCAAUGCUCAUGUUUCCUAUGAGUCCCUUGCGCUUGCUCUUGAGCUUAUGUUCAACAAACCCAACAUGCCUCUUCGUCCUCAUGUUUAUGGCAUGAAAGCUUCAAAGUUGUUGGAUGGCUCUUGUGAUUUUGCACUUACUUAUGAAGACAAGGAUGGGGAUUGGAUGCUUGUUGGAGAUGUUCCUUGGGGAAUGUUUUUGAGCACUGUCAAGAGACUCAGAAUUAUGAGGACUGCUGAUGCAGACGGGCUGGCACCAAGGAUCCAAUCCUCAAAUAGAGCUGGUGGGUUGAUAAGAAGUUAACAUGGCUCUUCAAACAAGCAAACAUGUUAUAAUGGAAAUCUUCAAUGACUUUGAGGCAAAGGAAAAAAUGAAUAUUAGUAGCUAAAAAAGUUUGAGUGUAAUCCAAGUAUGGUUUAGAUCAAUGGCUUUAUGUUCAUUUGUUUUAUUAUCUUAUCCCUAUGCUUUUAUUUUAUUUUUGGUUUUCCUGGAUGUAAUCACCCAGUUCCCAGUAUCAUGUAACACUAUUUGCUACUUGUUUGUUAAAAGAAAAGUUUGUUUUAAUGCCUA